UGCGUUUCCUGUACAAUUUGUUAUUGUUUUGGAAAAGCGGAUAGAUUAUCAAACCUGAUCAUUAAAUUGAGAAGUUAGUGGAGAGAAAUUUUGGCAGUAUGGGGUAGAGGAUAAACACAGUACUGAUAAUUAUGGCUGACUCCAACAUGCUUGCAGCUUUCUUCUCAAUUCUUUACCUAGUACAGGUUUGUCAAGGGCAGAUAUGUAAAUACCAUCACCUUCAUGCUGACUGUUAUUACAGGAUAGAUGGAAUCUGUCUGUCACACAUCACAGUCGACAUCAACCAAUGUGAUGAUCCCAUAAGUCUAAACAUAGCCAUUGAAUGUAAAAAUCCUGCCGUGGACUGGAAAAGAACUUUCGACAGGGAGGUGGAGAGGAAACCAGUUGAUGGAUUUGAUCAAGAAGUAUUCAUAACUGUACAACAAGGUUACACAGAUGCCAGAAAAUAUCGGGUCAAUAUUGAUUUUAUUUCGGAAAAAGAGGGCAGAGUUGAUUUUAUGGAUGAAAAGCUGAAUCUGAUCACUGAAAAUUGUGCUACAUUGAACAAUGCUGCCAAAGUGGCAGUAGGAGUGUUAGUUCCCCUGCUGGCCUUGUCAGUCGUUGCCCUGGUGGUGAUCAUCAUAAUCAGGAAAAGACAACUCAAGAAACAACGCCUUACACAGACAAUGUUAGUAAAUAACCUGGAAUCUCCAGGUCUCUCUGAGGCACCUGCACAGUCAGACAGGAGUGAACCAGAAGGUACAGAUACAGCACAUGAGUCUUCCUCCGAAAACAGAUUGAGGAGCGGAGAGGCUGUAGUUUUCUCACAGCUCCCAAGAACCCAGGUUGUGAACGAAAACCCAACAUGCUGAUAAUGGACAGCAUUUUAUGUUUUUAUUACUCAGUAAAUUGUAUAUGGAUUAUUUAUAUUGGUAUUUAUUGCAGGAAUAUUUGAUAUCUCGAUCCUUGGCAAGUUAUUUCCCUUUGAUAUGUACAUAUGUAAUUACAUCGUACUUAUGUACAUCCACUUGAUGGCAUGCUGUUUGAAAGUUACUCUCCUUUUUAACAAUUUGUCUUAGAUACUUGUGGCAAUGAAAUGUUGUGAGAAAUUUUGACAAUAUAAUGCCAUAUAUAUUGCCAUAGCUUGACAGUAAUGCAACCAAAUUGAAAAGUUGUACCAGCUGUUCAAAUCUUGUUAAUGAUAAAUAAAUUUCUGACAGUAGAUAUUGUGAAAAAAGCUCUAGCUACAUAAAUACCAAUAGAUGGUAUCCUAAUUCUGUUGAUGUAACACUCUAUGCCUUCACCUCAUCUUCUUUUAUUUGUAAUAAAUUGAGUAUAUUUUCUCCUCUUUUUCUCAACCAUGGUCAUUUUUCACUGAAUGUCAUAUUUUUAGCACACUAUCAUUAGGUUGUGGUUUUCCAGAUGACCUUUCAUUGAUUACCAACUGUUGAUCUGCUUGAUAACAAUCCAUGUUAUCGUCGUUUCUUAAAAAGGACUGAAAGUUUAUUCUCUUUUUUCAUUUCUGAACACAUCUUUACCAGGUAUCCGAUUGAUCAUUAAUGUAAUUAAAAAAUAGGUUGAAAAACGGCCAUCUUGAAUUUAGUCUGAUUUUUAGAAAAAAAUUAUUAUUGCUAUUUCUUGUUAUUUCUUAUCCAUGUUGGAUUUUGACAUUUGAAGUUUAUCUCUGUUUCCUGAGAAGAACCUGAUGAGCCUUUCUCACAUUUCAUAUGCAAACUUUGCACCGCCCCUUGUUAUGCAUAAUCAGAUAUUAGAUUGAUUAGAAAAAAGAUUGCCAACAUGUUGCCAUCUUGGAUUUUGAUAGCUAAAAUUUGUUAUUGCUGGUUUUUGAGAGAAAUUUUAUGAAUCAUAUUCAAAUUUCCUUUGUAAGUUUCCCUUUGCUGUCAAGUUGUGCCAAUUUGGUAGAGACAGGGAAAAGCAAAAUGGUUGACAAAAGAGCAAGUAAAGGCAAGAAAUGAAAAGUUUUAAGUGAUAUAGAGAUAGGAACAUAUCUAUUUAGAUAAAGUGGUGAAUGCUAAAAUCCCACAGGGAUCUCUUGUACAUUUAUAUUUUCUUCUUUCUCCCGGAUGCCCAAGUAGCUUUGCUGAAAUAAAUUCCUAUCUAUAGGAAUUCUACUGGUUGUAACAUUAAGUAUUCAUUUUAUCCAAUCAACGUGCUUAGAGGUCUAAUGAGAUGUACCGAUAGUCACAUGAUCUUCAGUACUCGAUUGUCAUCUAUAUUUGGGAUAUGUUAGUGUUGUGAUAUUCAGAUCUAGGAUUGAUUCCUCUGUUGUGUUUGUCUAACCUGCCUUAGCAUACUCUAAACAUUCUUUAACAUUUUUUCUUAAUGAAUCUUUUGUGCUUUUCUAAAUAAAAUAAAUGAAAAAAAUGUACUUUUUUGAAGGAAAUCAUGAACCAGACUGUGGUUUUCUCAAUUUAUUUUUCUAAAAUAGUCAUUUGAAGCCUUCACAGUAUUAUAUUGCCUUUUAGGAGAGGAGUGUUGUACAGAUUUACAAAGACAUAUAUAUGGAUGAUAUCUUAGACUAAAUUAUGUUUGUCUAUGUUAUAAUUUUAAUAAUCCAGAGCUUUUGAAGUCUGUAUAUGUUACAGCAGAAAUUGAUUAAAUGAAUCUCUAUUAGACUUGUUUACGCAGCAACAUUGGAGCGAAGUGAAUUGAUGAAAUCUCUCUGUUGGCUACACUAGGAUGCUUGCUCAGUUUGGUGCUUAAUACAUGGCUGUGGAUAUUUUAUCUUGUAGAUAUUAUCAUUAUUAUGUAUAUCCUGAGGGUUUAUCAUCUCAGUCUUGUAACCUCUUCACAUCAAUAUGUACAACAUUUCUUAAACUAUAGAUCUGAGUGAGUUUUUUUAUGCCCGUUGUUUGGUUGUAUAGCAAAUAUAUUUUUUCCUGUCUUUUCUUACAAGGAUGUAUAGAGUUACUGCCCCUUGUUUGGUUGUAGAUAUCUUUCUUCCUGUCUUUUCUUACAAGGAUGUGUAGUGUUACUACCCCAUGUUUGCUUCUUGAUGGGACUACAUGUCAUAGUACAAUUUAUUUUUCUGCUAGACUGUACUCAUUGAAACUAGAUUCUAUUUCGGAAGCAAAUCUAGAAAAAUUUGAACUGUCAAUUCAGUCUAUUUUCAUCCAAUCUUUCCUUACUUGGAAAUUUUGGCAUUAGAAACUGUUACUCUCCAUUGUUUGAUGGUCAAUAUCUUUCUCCCUGUCUUUUUGCUCCCCCACCCCAUUCAAUAUUACAGCACAUUUCUUUCUGACAGAAAAAUAGUGAUAGGAAUUUAAAUCUAUACAGAUCAUUACUGUUUAAUUUUGAUUUUAGUUCACUAUUUUUGUAGAAAUAGAAUAAAAGAAAAAACAGAAAUCUGCUGGACAGAUGGAAAAUAUUUCUUAUGAUACAUUUACAUUAUCAGAGCAUUCUCGGCGGAACAAAAGGUUGUGCUCUAUAUUUUUUGUGUUUUUUUUUGUCUUUAUUUUUUACCCAUAUGUGCCCGUCCUUAUCAAAUCAAUGCUACAGUUUAUAUCACUCUGAAUGACUUUCAGCUCUUCGCAUUUUUUUUUGUAACCUUGGUACAAAGAUCAAGAAUCUCUUGAGAUGAGUUGUUGGUGUUACAAGGUCACGCUACUAUUUAUAGAAAGUAACCUAUUUUCAUAAAUCUAUGACAAUCGUUGCCUUAUAGGCAUUUCUUUUUGUUAUAAAUUUGCUGAUAUAUGUCUGAAUUAAGAUAAUUGACUGUGCCCUCAAAACUUAAAUUGUACUUAUCAUGCUGUUGAACUUGUCUUACAAUGUAUAUUAUAAAUACUGGAUAAAUCUUUAGAUACUUUUUUUUCUACAGAUCAGUUAGAAAUGUAUCCCAUGACCUUCUUAAAUUGAAAAUCUCUUUCAGUUCUUUUUACAUAUUUUUUUAUUGUAACAUUUUACUGUUACAUGUCAGCUGUAAUAUUUAUCAGCAGUAUAAGUGAAAAAUGCUGUGAAAUUUUGCUUCAUUAGAGAUUCCCAGCGUACAUGUACAUAUCAUUUACCCAUUAUUCAUAUAACAAUAGAGGUCUCCUUUGAUACAAAAUCUCUCCCUUUGUAUGGAUAUAGUUCACCAUUGAUGUUCAUUGAUCAAUGAUUUCGCUAUUGGCUUGUGUUACAAUAUUCAUGCUUGAUCAUUAGACAUGAAGUCUUUCAAGUCCAUCAUCAAUGAGUUAUUGUAAAAAUAUUGAAAAAAAAAAUUGGUCCUUAAUUGAAAAAAUGUUUCAAUGGAAAUUAUCAACUUUUUAUUUCAGUUGAUAUAAUCAAUUUUAAUAUUUGUUUAAUUAGAAACAUUUAAAUUAUUGUCUAAUGUUAAGCCAUUGAUGUUAUUAAGUGCAAUUCCUCAUUAAAUUAGUACUUCUAUACGCAGUCAUGUAAUUUUUACUUUCAAUUUAAGCCUGACUGAUACAGACUCAGGUUUGAUUUCAUUUUAUCGAGGACUUGUGAAACUAUAGGUAACAUAAAGGAAUGUUGUUAAUCUUUAAUGAAUUGUGUGCUUUAAUGAUACCUACUUGGUCUACCAAAUUCUUUUUUUAUAUUUUGUAUGAUCACUGUUUUUAUACCUGGAUAUUCAACAUUUAAAGUGCUGACAGUUUGUGAAGGUUUUAAAUUAUUUUCCAUCAUUAUGGAAAAAUGACACAUUUCUGUUACAUUGGAAUGACAAUGAAACUGAUUUUAAUGCUAGUCAUACUUCAAUUUUUCUUCUUGUCUUAGAUUUGAAAUCAGUGAAAUGGUUUCAUGUAGAAGAUUUUCAUGGUUAGUUAUUUACCAUCAGUGCCGUCUCUGUGGAAAGGUAAAUAUAUGUAUUCAUUCCUUUGUCUGUCUGUUAUUUAGGCCAUUCUGCCUUGUAACAUUUUUAGAUAAGUCGCUAUUGCAAUGUAUUUAUAAUAGACCCUGGAGAAUUUUUCAUUAACUGCAUCAGACAUUGUCAUGAAAAUGUUUCAAUAUGCACUGACAAAUUAUUUCUUUACUAGAAAUUGCAACAAAUUCACAUUUGGUUGUAAGCCUAUAUAUAAAUAUGUAAAACAAGUCACAGAGUUUAUAAAACAAAAAAAAAUAGUUUUUAAUCAGGAUUCUUAUUCAGAAGUAAAAGAAAUUAAACAUUAAUCUUGAAGCUAUACCUGGUAAAUAUUGAACUCUUUAUAUAUUAAUUUAUUCAUCAUGUUUUUAUUGUGGUUAAAACUCAGCACUUUGUAUUGUUAGACUUUUGACAGUGUUUUACAUGCUGUUUAUUAAUAAAUUUUUAUU